CUCUGCUUGUACACCGCGUCAAUCGGACUGGGCAUCCAACUCGGCAUGAGCCCGUUCCACCAUUGGAUGAAGGACAAGCAUGUAAUUAUCGGCUUGGCCGUCUACGGCCUUUUCCUCACCCAGGCUGCUAGCGGAUACAUUCAUCAUGUCAUGUUCAAGAAGUACAUCUCACGGACCACUUCGAGCUAUAUCCAUCUUUGGACAGGCAGGUUGUGCAUUACUCUGGCAAUGAUCAAUGGGGGCUUUGGGUUCCAGCUCCGAAGUCAGAAGAUUGGCAGCUGGAAGGUCGCUCUGUACACGGUUUGUGCGGUGGUGAUGUGGUGUGCUUACGUUACUAGCAUUGUCAUUGGAGAGUGGCGCAGGAAUAAGCAGAUGAAGAAAGUAGCUUCCUCGACCAGCCUUUCUCAAGCG